AUGCCCUCGGAGGAGCCCCGCGCCCCCGGCGCCCGGGGGACCGAGCGCGCGCCGGGCCGCGAGCCGCGCCUGCCCAGCCAGCUGCUGCCAGAGCUCUACGCCUUCGCGGCGCGCGUGCUGUUCUGCCUGGCGCCCGUCUACCUAGCCGGCUACCUGGGGCUCAGCAUCACCUGGCUGCUGCUCGGCGUCCUGCUGUGGAUGUGGUGGCGCAGGAACCGCCGCGGGAAGCUCGGGCGCCUCGCUGCCGCCUUCGAAUUUCUAGACAACGAACGCCAGUUCAUCAGCCGCGAGCUGCUGGGCCAGCACCUGCCCGCUUGGAUCCACUUCCCGGAUGUGGAACGGGUUGAAUGGGCCAACAAGAUUAUCUCCCAGAUCUGGCCCUACCUCAGCAUGAUCAUGGAAAACAAGUUCCGGGAGAAACUGGAGCCCAAGAUCCGGGAGAAGAGCGUGCACCUGAGGACCUUUGCCUUCACCAAGCUCUACUUUGGACAGAAGUGCCCCAGGGUCAACGGCAUCAAGACACACACAGACCAGCGCAACCGCAGACAGGUGGUCCUGGACUUGCAGAUCUGCUACACUGGGGACUGUGAGAUCAGCGUGGAGCUGCAGAAGAUACAGGCUGGUGUGAACGGGAUCCAGCUGCAGGGCACGCUGCGGAUCAUCCUGGAGCCCCUACUGGUGGACAAGCCCUUUGUGGGAGCCGUGACUAUGUUCUUCCUUCAAAAGCCGCACCUGCAGAUCAACUGGACAGGCCUGACCAACCUGCUGGAUGCACCAGGAAUCAAUGAGAUGACAGACAGCCUGCUGGAGGACCUCAUCGCCGCCCACCUGGUGCUGCCCAACCGUGUGACUGUGCCCGUAAAGAAGGGGCUGGACGUAAGCAAGCUGCGCUUCCCUCUGCCCUGUGGAGUGAUCAGAGUCCACUUGCUGGAGGCUGAAAAGCUGGCCCAGAAGGACAGCUUCCUGGGAAUCCGAGGCAAGUCAGACCCCUACGCCAAGGUGAGCAUCGGCCUGCAGCACUUCCGGAGCAGGACCAUCUAUAAGAACCUGUGCCCCACCUGGAAUGAGGUGUUUGAGUUCAUAGUGUAUGAAGUCCCUGGGCAGGACCUGGAAGUUGACCUGUACGAUGAGGAUCCUGACAAGGACGACUUCUUGGGCAGCCUGCAGAUCUGCCUCGGGGAUGUCAUGACCAACAGAGUGGUGGAUGAGUGGUUUGCGCUGAACAACACAACAAGCGGGCGGCUGCACCUGCGGCUGGAAUGGCUUUCACUGAUCACAGAGCCGGACGCUGUGACUGAGGACCAUGGGAGCUUUUCCACUGCCAUCCUCGUGGUCUUCUUGGAAAGCGCCUGCAACCUGCCGAGAAGCCCUUUUGAGUACCUAAAUGGUGAAUAUCAAGCCAAAAAGCUGUCCAGAUUGGCCAGGAAUAAAGUCAGCAGAGACCCUUCUUCCUACGUCAGGCUCUCCGUAGGCACGAAGACACACCUGAGCAAGACCUGUCCCCACAGCAAGGACCCUGUGUGGAGCCAGGUGUUCUCCUUCUUCGUGCACAACGUGGCUGCUGAACAGCUGCACCUGAAGGUGCUUGAUGACGACCAAGAGUGUGCUCUAGGAGUGCUGGAGUUCCCCCUGUGCCAGAUUCUUCCCCAUGCAGACCUUACUCUGGAGCAGCGCUUCCAGCUGGACCACUCAGGCCUGGACAGCCUCAUCUCCAUGAGGCUGGUGCUUCGGUUCCUGCACUUGGAAGAACGAGAGCUGGGAAGUCCAUACACAGGACCUGAAGCCCUAAAGAAAGGCCCUCUGUUCAUUAAGAAGGUCACCACCAGCCAGGACCCUAGAGCCCCACCCCAGGGAGAGGGCCCUACAGAUCUGCCACGGCCUCCAGACCCUGCGUCUGAGAUCAAGCAGGCUGCCAAGAACCCCACUUCUGCCACCAUCACUGCCACCAAGCCCAUGCUUGAAGAGACGGGCCCAGAGCCCAAAGGCAAGGACAGUGCACCCACGGGGAAGAAGAGUCUGGCCACCAUCUACCUGGCUGUGCCAGGCCCCCACUCUCCGGGGCCCAUCAAGUCACCCAGACCCAUGAAAUGCCCUGCCUCCCCAUUCGCGUGGCCACCCAAGGGGCUGGCUCCCAGCAUGUCUUCACUCAACUCCCUGGCCUCUUCCUGCUUUGACCUGACAGAUAUCAGCCUCAACACUGAAGGCGGGGACCUCGGGCAUCAGGGGCUGGGUGAGAUUCAGCUCACGGUGCGUUAUGUGUGUCUGCGGCGCUGUCUCAGUGUGCUAAUCAACGGCUGCAGAAACCUGACGCCCUGUACCAGCAGUGGAGCUGAUCCCUACGUCCGUGUCUACUUGUUGCCAGAAAGGAGGUGGGCAAGUCGUAAGAAGACCUCAGUGAAGCGGAAGACCCUGGAGCCCCUGUUUGAUGAGACAUUUGAAUUUUUUGUUUCCAUGGAUGAAGUAAAGAAGAGGUCACUAGAUGUCGCAGUGAAAAACAGUAGACCAUUUGGUUCACACAGAAGGAAGGAACUGGGAAAGGUACUGAUUGACUUAUCAAAAGAAGAUCUGAUUAAGGGCUUCUCACAGUGGUAUGAGCUGACUCCAGAUGGACAGCCUAGAAGUUGA